AUGUCGGACUCAUCCCACCUUACUAGGGAGAAAUCCUCCGUCUCAUAUAGUUACGACAACCUUUCUGGAUGGAAACGCCUACGCCCUUUACGACCCUUUCGUGGUAUGUACCAUGAUGUUCGACGGCGCCUGCCUUACUAUUGGAGUGAUUUCCAGGAUGCCCUGACCUAUCGGACGAUUGCCAGCACCAUCCGGAUGUACUUCGUCAAUUUACUUCCAGCUAUCGCUUAUACAUUGGACAUGUACCGACGCACUGGCGAGUUUUAUGGCAUCAACGAGGCGCUCUUUUCCUCGGCAAUGGCUGCCAUGAUUUUCAGUCUGGUGGGUGCGCAGCCGCUCACCAUUGUCGGCAUUACUGGUCUCAUAUCCUUGUUCAACUACACAAUCUACGACAUUGUCACUCGAUACGAACCCGCGAUUUAUGCGAAUUUCAUGUGUUGGACUGCUAUAUGGGCGGCCAUAUUUCAUUGGAUCGUGGCUGUCUGCAAUCUCUGCGAUUACAUGCGAUAUGUGACGGACUUUUCAUCCGAGUCGUUCGGAGCUUAUGUCGGGAUCAUAUAUUGCAUCAAAGGAGUCGAGGAACUGGUCAACGAGUUCAGCGAGUACGGAUCGGCAGCUGGCUUCAUGAGCACCAUGAUUGCCAUUCUGUAUUUCCUGACCAUUUAUGGAUUGGAGAUGCUAGGAUCCAGCACAAUCUGCAGACCAUGGUUUCGUGAAUUACUGGCCGACUAUGCUUAUGUGAUCGGAACCAUAUUCUGGGUAGGCUUCGCCCAUAUCCCCGGAAACCUAAAAUCCACUGGUAUCUCCUUCGUCCCCAUUACUCGGGCCUUCUAUCCUACGCAACCGCGUGGCUGGUUAAUUCAUUUCUGGGAGCUGGAAGUCAAAUGGGUCUUUGCGGCAUUGCCAUUCGGCUUUCUCGUCAUGCUUCUAUUCUACUAUGACCAUAACGUGAGCAGUCUCACUGCCCAAGCCCGCCAGUUCCCCCUCAAGAAACCCGGCGGCUUCCACUGGGACUUUUUCCUCCUCGGCUGCACGACCUUCCUCUCCGGCAUCACCGGCAUCCCAAUGCCCAACGGUCUCGUUCCCCAGGCGCCCGUCCACACCGACUCCCUGACCAUCUACGAAACCACCCUUGCCCUCAUCCCCACCUCCGAAGGCGAAGGCGCCGAGCUCCGCCGCCCCAUCACAAAGCCCACCGCCGUCGUCGAGCAGCGCGUCUCCCAUUUCCUCAUGGGCCUCGCCAUCAUCGGCACCAUGACCGGCCCCCUCCUGAUCGUGCUCCACACCAUUCCGGCCGCCGUCUUCGCCGGCGUCUUCUUCAUCGUCGGCUGGGGUUCCAUCGAGAGUAACGGUAUCCUUGGGAAACUGGUCUUCCUGGCCCGAGAGAAUCGGUUCGUGCAAAGAGACGAGCCCCUCUUGAGGGUGCGGAAGGGGAAGAUCUUGCUCUACGUCGCGUGCCAGGUCUUUGGUGUUGCGGCUUGCGUUGCCGUGUCGCAGACUGUAGCGGCUAUUGGCUUCCCAAUCCUCAUCACAGCAAUGAUCCCCUUCCGCGUAUACAUCAUCCCGAAAUGGUUCUCGCAGCCCGAACUCGACAUCCUCGAUGACCUGACUGCCAAUAACGCAGUCGUGCUGGCCAGUUUAGGCGGUCCGCCGAGGUUUCCUAGCGAACGGCAGGAGGAAGGGAAAGGAGAGGAGGGAAAUGGAAAUGGGGAGCAUGGACUAGGGGGUUUGCGGAGGCAGGAUGAGGGAGAGGAAGAGGAAGAGCAUUAUGGUGUUGAGAGGAGGUAUUCGGAGCAUAGGAGGGGGUCCGUGAGAUAUCGUUAG